GUUCGAGCGACCGGGCGCCAGCCUGCCAUGGCCUCAUGCCGAGCGUGGUGGAGUCCCGCCGCAUCUAUGCGGAGGCACGCAAGAAGCGGCAAGAACUGGAUUUGGACUACCGCUUGGGGAGACAUGCCGCACCGCAGCCAGAUCCAGUAAAUCUCCGCAGCCUGCGAUGCAUUUCCCAAAUCGUGCUGGAAGCGACCAAGGAGACGAAGCAAGCGAAGCAUUUUGUGGGGUUGAUGGGGGUUGACGUGGACUGCUUCGAUGAAGGUGACCUAAUUGACAUGUGCUCGCCGAUGCAUGCGUACCAGGCCAUUCGAAUCAGGGAGGCUCUGCUCCAACUCGCUGAGCUACGCCGGAUUCUGCGUGAACGGAUGGGACAGGCCAACAUCUUACCUGAGGAAGAUAAAAUGAGAAAAAUCCUUCUCCAAGAGAUGCAAAACCUGCGAAAGGCUCUGUCCACAUCACACCUAGGGCGGAACAUUGAAGGUGUAGAGACGUCCUUAAACAACUUACGGCAUAUCCUGGACAAUUUCACCUUUUCCGACGAGGUGCAGGAAUAUACCAGGAAAGCUGCUUUGGCGGUGGCGCAGAUACAGGGCAUCAAAAUCUCGCACCCCUUGAUGAAAGCUUUAGCUCAGCAGUACGGCAGCAAACACGGUUCCUUGGAGGAAGCUGGUGCAUCGCCCGUGCCCAUGUGGAAGAAGGGAGCUGGGACCCUCGGGCGACGUGGUGACCCAUGGUUCGUUGGCGGAGCGCCCCAUGGACCAUGAGUGGCUGCAGUGUUGGUG